AUGUAUUGGCUCAAGUCUGAGCUCAAGACCCUGGCUCAAGAAUGGGCUACCAUGAAAGGCGUUGAGGAUCCCAUCGACACUUGGCAACUAGGCACGGUCGAUGCAUCUGUGAAGCUUCCGCACGCUCAGGCUGCCCUGGCGCAGCAGAUACGCGCAGACAGACCCAUGUUAGCGAAUUCAGACGUCAUGAAACAGAGGGUGCGGGAAGCUCUCCCAAAACAUGAGUACAACGUUGCGGACUUCUACCACAAGACAGGCAUUUGGAGGGUAAUCGCCAAGCAUCCCUUCUUCGAGAAUCUGACGCUCGUGGUGAUCUGCAUCAACGCAUUGUGGAUUGCAAUAGACACUGACAACAACCCCACAUCAACCCUUCUAGAUGCACAGCCUAUAUUUCAGAUCGCAGAUCAUUUCUUCUGCUGGUACUUCUCCUUUGAGUGGUACGUCCGCUUCAGUGCGUUUAAGAAGAAGCGACAUGGGCUGAAGGAUAGAUGGUUCGUCUUCGAUUCCUGCCUGGUUUUCAUGAUGGUUGCCGAGACGUGGGCGAUGAGCAUCGCACUGCUGUGCCUCGACGCUGGCCGCGGCUCCGGCGUGGGCGGCGCCUCGAUCUUGCGGUUGUUCCGUUUGUUGCGGCUUUCCCGUUUGGCGAGGAUGUUGCGGUCGAUGCCCGAGCUGAUGAUCUUGAUCAAGGGGAUGUUCGCCGCCUCCCGCUCCGUCUUCUUCACCAUCUGCUUGAUGGGCGUCUUCCUUGACAACCUGGGGCACACCGCGGACACCAUCGCCGAGAGCAGCCCAGUGGUCGCGGUCGUCUUCUUCAUCUUCGUCGUGUGCGCAGCCCUCAUGGUGAUGAACAUCCAGCUGCCUGCGGCGCGGCGGCGGGUGCUUAUCGGCGUGCUCUGCGAGGUCGUGAGCGCGGUGGCCUCCACGGAGAAGGAGAUGGAUGUGUACGCCCUCAAGUCGAAGCUCGCGGAGGUGAUGCACAGGCUGGACACGAACGGCAAUGGCACACUCUCCGAGGAGGAGUUCGUGCAGCUCGUUGGCAACCCAAAGGUCGCCACGCUCCUGGGCGAGGUCGGCGUGGACGCCAUAGGGCUCAUCGACAUGGCGCCGAGCAUCUUCGACCCGGAGGACGAAGAGGACGAGGACGACGACGACGACGAGGGAGCGUCGAGGCCACCGAAGGAGAUCAGUUUCACUGACUUCGUGAAGAUCGUGCUGGACCUGCGCGGCUCCAACGCGGCGUCCUUGAAGGACCUCCGGGAGCUGAAGCACGACCUGGUGAGCGAGAUCGAGAGUUUGAAGGUGAGGCUCAAUGUCUCCAGACGCAGGAGCAGCAUCCCCAGGCACGGCGGCCUGUCGCGGCGGCCUUCCGCGGCCCUGGCUCCCGAGGAGUGCGUGCUGGGCCCCGGCACGCAGGCCCAGGGCACCCCCUCGGAGUGCCUGCUGCCUGCCGGGGGCGGCGAGGCGCGGGGCGAUGCAGGCCUGCAGGAGGUGGAGGGGGCCCUGCGCGCGUGGCAGGCGGCCCUGGCGAGGGUGCAGCGUCCCGCGCUGCCCGGGGCGGCCAGGCCGAGCCACGAGGAGGAGGUGCUCGAGUGGAUCGACAGCAUGAGCACGACGGCGGCCUCGGAGUUGGAGAGGCUGCAGAGGAUGCACAGGAGCUGAUGUUUCGAGGUGCGGCCGAGCGCGCCUCUGUUCAGCGUGUCGCGGCGCGGGCUCUGGCCCACCACGCGUCGGCGCGACACGCUGUCCACGUCCCAGUCCACAGUCAUCCACGUCCCGAGCUUCUCCCGAGCAUCCCGCCUCGAGGAGCGGAGCGACGCGCCGCCCGCCUGCAAGCCAUGGUGUGUGCCAGGGCCGCCGCAGCGACACGCGCAGCAAAAGCUCCUGCCCGUGCUCGACGACCAGCCACCUCGGCGUGCUCGCUCGUGACGUCGUGGAGCCCUCCGAGGGCGGGGUGACGGCACGCUGGCGCCGCGAUCAAUCUAUCUGGACGCGGUUGCUUCGUAGUGAUUGCUUCGUAUGCUACUAUACGGGCACCGUUAUAUAUACAUAUAUACACGUGUGUUGAGUAUUUAUUGCCCAGACACCUUUGCGCCGCGCCCAGAAUGUAAGGGCGUGCUGCACGCUUCGAUACCCAUUAGGUUGUUCAGUGUUUACGUUAUGCUGACUCGUUCCCCUUGCUCCCCGCCUCGGCCCUCCACACUUCACUCCACGUGCUUCAGCACUGACACCCUGCGCCAUGUGCGCACCCACGGCACAUGGCGCCAUGUGCGCACCCACGCCAUUUUCGGCCUCCACGGCGACCUCUCUUCUCGAGUCGCAUGGAGGCCUGGUUCAGACGGCCUGCCUGCGCAUGGAUCGCUCAAGCGGAAGAUUCUCAUUGGGGAUGGCAUCCCGUUCGCAGGCAAGCGUUCUAUGUCCGAGCGAUCCUUGCCAA